GAACCUAACCGGUGCCCUUUUCAACAGUGUGUCAGAUUGGAUUUCAACAUGAUGCGUACGGCUUUUUGCAACAGAGUAUACAAAGCUAUAUGUGAAAGAGAAAUGGUUCACACAGCUAUAACACACGAUCAGAGCACGACUUCAACAGAAUUAUUGGAAGUCAAUUCCGUGACGUCAUCUAUUACUUCCAGCAAACCAGAACACCACACGGCGCCUACUACUCUUUUAACUACAACAUCCACUCCUGAAGAAGAUGUUUCCAGAUCCACAGAUUCAUCCACAAUGUCAGCAAUAUCAACGACUGUAGCUCUGGUCACUUCUGAAUUAGAAAACGACACAUGCAGAAAAUGCUGCUCCUCUCAGGAAGUCAAUUCACGAGAACUUAGCAAAACCGAACUUGAAGACUGGAUUGCCACAUUGAGGUUCCAGUUGGCGGUAAACAAAACCAGGUUAUCUGUACAAAGGCGUAAACUCAUCAGUGUGUAUGACUCCAGGCCAGGUAGUGUAGCUAUGGGAGGUGUAGCUUGUACACUUUUGGUCACGGUUAUCGGAGUAAUCGUUGUACCUGACAUUUUGGCUCUCUGGAAGUUCGUACGCAAUCUUUACUCGACGCAACAGAAGACGUUGGUCGUAUAAUCUGACAUCGACCAUUAGACAUAUUGUGUCUGAAAGUUCAUGAAAAUAAAAAAUAAACAAAGAAAUAAACAAACUUAUUUUGUCAGAUUAAACAAAAAUGUUCUAUAAUUAUAUUGUACUUAAUUUUUUCCUUAUGAAUCAACAGAAGUUUACUCUAACGCAGGACAAUUACGUUCAUGUAUGCAAUCGAUUGUACAAUGUAUAUCCAAAUGACCAGUUACACGCGUACGUACAUCAUGGAAUAUUGCGGAUCUAAUAAUAGAUAUUACUGUAUAUCAUAACUGAUGAUCAAAAUACUGAUACAUCGAAACAAUGAAUUAAUACAAGAUCAAUACUAUAUAAAUACUUAAUUGUGGCAUCGUCCUUUCACGUCCUGUCCUGAUCGCCUACAUGUCUUUUCGUCCUGUCGCCUCUGAGUGUGGAUAUCCUAGCUGUUUAUAUUUCCUAUGUGUAUCCUAUAUUACUUGACAUGACUUGUUCAGACAUUGUAAGGUAUAUUGCGUGCAUGGAUAUGAAGAAUACAUAACUAGUUAUGAGGUACAGUUAUUUGGUCAACAUGCUUGUAAAACAAAACAAAAUUCUACCCGAAACAUAAUUCAAGCGUGGCCUCAGUCCUGAGACUCGGGUAGACUGAAAAUGUAACCAAAACGACAAAUACUCGACACACAAACAAUGUGAAAUACAUUAGAAUUAAAAUAAUUUUGAAGAAUAAUAUGGAUUUACUGUCCAACAUGUCCAAAUGAAAGUAAACUUCAAGGUAUUUUAAAAGAAAACAUUUAUAAAAUAGUGAUGUGUGGUUUGAUAUUGUUCUUUGAAACUUUCUCUUUUACACUAUGUUUUUGAAAUAAAAUUCUACAAAUAUUACCUUUC